AGAAAUUCAGUAACGGAUCUUUUUCGAUAACAGAACUUGGAAAGAGAAAACAAAAAAUGAUUGGCAUUGAUGACAUUCUGAAAAAACGUUUUUUGGAGCUCAUCAAAUCUGUUAAUCCUACUGGAAGAUGGAAACUUGUCGUUGUAGACAGUAUGUCGGCCAAAAUCCUCAAUUCGGCUUGCAAAAUGUAUGAUAUUCUCGAGGAGAACGUCACUUGUACGUGAACAAACACCUUUCACUUGCACAUACUCACAAUUAACCUGAUUGAUUUUCUGUCAAUACCUUCAUUCCUCAACUAGUGGUGGAAAAUAUUGAGAAGCCGAGACAACCUUAUCCCAGCUACGAGGCUAUCUACAUUUUGACACCAUGUAUAGAAUCGUGCUCUCGUUUGGUUGAUGAUUUUUCUCGAAAGGAAGGAAAAAUCCCUUGAAAAUAACACUUUCAAU